AUGACAAUAGUGGAAGCAACAUCAGCAUCAACAUCAUCGUCCAGCUACCCCAGGUCCUCUUCUAAGUUAUCGAUUCGGUUACCAGGUCGUCCUUUUGAAGGAGAUGAUGAUGUCUUCCCGGUACAGAGAGGUUGGAAAACAUCCGGCUUGGGACGAGAGUUUGAUUUAUUUGAUACCAGAGGCGGCCAAAACAGAGACGACUCAUCAUUCCAGAAUAGGGGAGACGAUGAUGUCAGUGCUGACGAAACAAGCAACUCGCCCAUUACACCUACAUCACAACGACAGCGAGUGCCCUUAUCGGCAACAAGAUCGCCUCUGAUUGGCAGCAGCAGCUUUUAUCCCAGUAGUGGACGAGGAGGAGGCAGCAACACUAUACCGGGGUCUCCUGGUGGCACCUCUACUGGGGGACCACGAUUCAGCAAACUCAACACAUCGAGACCCUCCGUGUUUCAAUCUGUCCAAGGAUGGUGGACUUGUAAUAUUGCACCUGCUGUCAAGAAUCUGCCACGGUUCAAGUGUCGCGUGGAGCCAUCCACAACCAUCAAGAUUCGCAAGCAAUUCAAACCAUUCAAAACUGUAGUUCGGCUUGGAGCUGAUUUCAAUACACAGCUGGGUGUUUGGCAAUUCAAGAGCAGUUGGGAAGAUGCCAUAAUUGGAGGCAAGAUAACUCUUGCUGGAAAAGAACUUCAACUCAGCAAAUCAUGGCAAUUGAGCGUUGGUGCCGUGGAAGAUCUUGUGACUCGGUUGCGAUUUCGGGCAGCAGUGGAUUUGUCAACAUGGAAGGCAUAUGCCCGAAUUGGCUUCCGAACCGAGCGAUUAUCGCCAAUCAACAUUAUGGAAGGUUUUACCCUGCUAAAGCAACUGCCACUAGACGGCAACAAGGGAAAUGUCAAGCUAGAGGUCAAGGCAAAUUUUGCUUUGCCGGAACCCGAGAUCGAGUACUCAACAGAGAGUCAUCGUUCAUUGGUUGGAAUGGGGGACAUUGAGGUCAAUAUUGAUGAGCUAAAUCUUGUGCUAGAUUAUUGA